GUUAGAGUGUUAGAGCGCCAAUAGCACUUCGGUUGUCAUUUGCCAAACUCGCGUCCUUUUUUCCUCAAAAAGAUUUGACGUAAAUAGCUGUUUAUUUAAUUUUUGCAAAUUAUUUUUAAAACUUGCCAUUCUACACCCGAAAAUGGCAACUCGUGUUUUUGUUGGAGGACUUACAUAUAAAAUACGUGAACGGGACCUCGAAAAGUUCUUCAGAAAGUAUGGAAGAAUUAAAGAAGUGUCGAUGAAAAAUGGUUAUGCUUUUGUGGAAUUUGAUGAUCAUAGAGACGCCGAUGAUGCGUGUUACGAAUUAAAUGGUAAAGAGUUGAUGGGUGAACGUAUUACCGUCGAAAGGGCAAGAGGAACUCCGAGGGGAAGCGAUCAAUGGCGUGGAAGUGGUCGAGAUAGAGGUUAUGGUGCUUCACGCGGUAGAAAUGAUAAUUCCAGAGCUCGUGAUAAAUAUGGCCCUCCUACCCGUACUGAGUAUAGAGUUAUUGUUGAAAACUUAUCCAGUCGUUGUAGCUGGCAAGAUUUGAAGGAUUACAUGCGAAAAGCAGGUGAAGUAACAUUUGCAGAUGCUCAUAAAUUAGUUCCAAAUGAAGGAGUUGUAGAAUUUGUAUCCUAUAGUGAUAUGAAAAAUGCUAUUGAAAAACUUGAUGAUACUGAGAUUAACGGUCGUAGAAUUAGAGUUUUUGAAGACAGAAGAGGAGGACGAAAGAAUAGAUCAGUAAGUCGGAGCAGAUCAAGAUCUAGACGUCGUUCUAAGUCUAGAAGCGUCAGUCGUAAUAAAAGUCACUCUAAGUCGAGGUCUAGAUCACAUUCCAAAGACAAUAAGAGAAGAUCAAACUCUAGGUCUGAAGAUCGAAGUUAAGUCGUUCCAAUAGAUUUCACAAUGUAUGUUGUCUAAACAUUAAAAUUAAGUUUAAUGGCAUAUAUCUGAUUGCAUCAUUCUGUUUUUCAUAAUUUCAUGUUUGGUACUGUGUGGACAAUAUUUUUUAUUUUCUUAGAUUUUGUUGUAUUUUGUAGGCAUCUUAUUAAAUCGAGUACAUAACUUUUUUUGUUUAUUUUAAUGGGCAGUGGAACUAAGUACUGCCAUGUAAUAUAUUUUGACUACCUUGAAAUUUUUCAAUAUAUAUGUAUUAAAUCUGAUAUUGUAUUAUUUAGGUGUGAAAAAAAAUGAUAACAGAGCCAUGACUUUUUUGUAAUUUUUGAAAUGUACUUUCUACUAACAAUAUGUUUAUUUGAUUGAUGUAUUAUUAUGUAAUUCUUUACUGAUUGUAUAAGAAAAUAUAUUUCAAAUUUGGUAAGUAACUUUCAGAUUUUAGUCUUUCCAUUAGAUUCUCUAGGACUUCCAGGAAAUUACCUACAACUUGUACGUGAAACCCAUUUGAAUGUAAUAUAAGAUGCUUUUCUUCCUA